AUGGUUGCAUACUCAAAGGAAGUGAUUAAUGAUAUGGGAUGCACCAACUCAUUGCUUCCGCUCCGCCAUUUCUACCCUCCGUGUAUUCAACCCGAGCUAACGCUACGCUUAACCAAACUCUCAGACAACUCAUUUCUCACGGUUCUUCUACAAGACCAUGGCGUUUCAGUCGAUCUUAAAGAGAGGAUGAAAGAUGGAGUUCGCAGGUUUAACGAGUAA